AUGUCCGUCGGUGUCAAUAUUGAAACGCGCUUCCAGCCAUCUCAAGGAGACGGAAUUCCCGCCAUUGCUGUGCAAGUGACUUGUCUUGUGAAUUCGUAUAUGAUCUGGGCUGGAGCGACGGGAGAGGAAGAUGCAACGAGCGCCGUGAAAGCGGGCAGACUAGUCGCGGAUUGGGCGUGCGCCAUGCCUCCUAGAUCGGGUGGAGAUGCUCCAGCCACGCCGUUGUUUCGAACCUCAAGCUCAGACGCCGCAGCGUCCAUGUCCCAACGUCUAGCUCGUCGUUUCAAGAAACAGAUUUUUCUUUCAAUAGAUGUGCCAUUGACACCAGCAUCGUCUGCUUUCGGCGCGCGAGUCAUACACGAGAUCGAGAAACUACUCGUCAAAACCGUUAAGGAGCUGGAGGCUCAGUGA